AUGCUCCCGGAAAUUGAGGAAUUGACCCCGGAAUGUAACAUUGGCGAAGCUAAUGUCGGAGUUCCGGGAGUCACAACUCCAGAGAUGGAAGCCAAGAUGAGAGGGAUCCUGAGAUACCAUCGCUGCAUCUUCCUGGGAGAUGGCAACGCAGCUCCAGCCCCGGCUAGAGGCGUAGUGUGCGACAUCGACGUCGGUGAAGCAAAACCAGUGGCUUUACGCGCGAGGCAGAUUGCCGCACCAUUCUUGGUGAAGGUGUAUGAACUCCUGAAGAAGUUGUUAGAGGCAGAGCUCAUUGAGCAUUCAGAGUCCGAGUGGUCAUCUCCUAUUGUGAUUGUGCUGAAGAAAAAUGGCAUAGACAUCCGCAUGCGUAUUGAUUACCGGCUUCUGAAUUUGCUCAUUAAGCUAUCCCGUUAUCCUCUACCUCUGAUUGAUGACCUGCUGGUAGACUUCAAAUCCGCGGUGUGGUUUAUGAGUCUCGAUAUGGCGAGUGGAUUCUGA